UUGAUCAGUAACUCUCUCCAGUCCCUGCCGCCAUAACCUUCUUUAUACUCCUUCGCCAACCUAAACCAUGUCCGUUUCUAUACCCUCUCUACCCCAUGCGCACGCUAGACCUUCCUUGCUUCCCAUGUCUAUCCUGCGCCGCCUCCCCCUCCCCCUCCACCCCUUAACCCUACGCCACCACCUCCCCCGCCGACGAUUCGCCACUCUCGCUGCAGUUCGCCAAGACACCAGCGUCUGGACUCCAACCCCAAUCUCAUCAGUCGAGCCCGCCGCCGAAUCCCUCUUCCACGUUAGCAUCGACGUGUCGGACUCUCCGGACCUAGCGUCCUCACAUACUCUGCCUGGACAGUACCUGCAGCUGCGGCUGCCGGACGUGGAGAAACCGUCGUUCCUGGCCAUAGCAUCUCCGCCGUCACUGGCGGCAGCUGGUGGAGUGUUCGAGUUUUUGGUGAAGAGCGUUGCAGGAUCGACGGCGGAGCUUUUGUGCGGGUUGAAGAAAGGGGAUGUGGUGGAGCUUAGUCAAGUGAUAGGAAAUGGCUUCAAUGUUGAUAAGAUCGAUCCGCCUGAGGAUUAUCCGACGGUUUUGAUUUUCGCGACUGGGUCGGGAAUCAGUCCAAUUCGAUCUCUCAUUGAGUCAGGAUUUGGUGCUUAUAAGAGAUCUGAUGUGAGGCUUUAUUAUGGGGCUAGAAACCUUAGGAGAAUGGCUUACCAGGAUAGGUUCAAAGAUUGGGAAUCUUCUGGUGUUAAGGUUGUGCCGGUACUAUCACAGCCUGAUAAUAGUUGGACUGGCGAAAGUGGCUAUGUACAGGCUGCCUUUGCUAGGGCCAAGCAAAUUCGUAGCCCUAAGGGCACUGGUGCAGUGCUUUGUGGACAAAGACAAAUGACCGAGGAAGUUACUUCAAUACUUGUAGCGGAUGGAGUUUCGAGUGAGAAGAUUCUAAAGAACUUUUGAUGAAAUUCAAACGGGAUUCAUGGUGUUGUAUCAUUGUUGAGGGACAUCUGAUGAUUAUUCUUUUCCUAUUAUUGCUAAAAACGAAGCAUGCUUGGCUAAUAAGGUCAAUUUUGGGAAUUCGUCCAGGUGUGCUGGCGUAGCACAGUUCAAAUUGUAUGCUGGCGUUUGUAACCUGAUAUGCUGACCUAGCAAUGCCGAAAGAGGCUAGCAGCCACUAACAUUACUUUGAUUUCUUUUUUCUUUCUUCUUUUUCUUGGAAAAGAUGACUCAAAUGGUGGGAAAAAUAAUAGACCACCAAUAUUGUUGACUUUUAACACUGUUUGGCUAGAGAAGGAAAAAGGUAGACAGAAACAUUUCUUUUGUUUGGUUGAAAGAAAAAAUAGAGAGCAAGUGUAAAAAGUUUUUAAUACCCUUUA